AACCGGUUCAAAAAUCUCAAACCCUAGAUGGUACCUCGAAUUUACCAAUGCUUUCGCAAUCUAUAACUUUAUCGCUCAGCGCCCUCUCUCUCUCUCUCUAAGCAUCUUCGUGUUUCCUUCGCCUAGGGUUUUUGUUCAAUUGGAUUCUCUCAUCUGCAGGAGGCAAUUAUUGAUAUAGAAGAAUGGGUGAGACUGGGAAGCGAUAUCGUUCCCACAGGGACAAUGAUGGAGAUAGAAAGAAUCAGAAGAGACGGGGAAAUGAUAGAGAUGACAAGGGUAAUGAUGAACUGAUCAUUUAUAGGAUUCUAUGCCCUGAUGGGUUUAUUGGGAGUGUGAUUGGAAAGAGUGGGAAAGUGAUAAACUCGAUACGGCAAGAGACAAAGGCCAGGGUUAAGGUUGUUGACCCGUUCCCUGGUGCUAAGGAUAGAGUUAUAUUAAUCUAUUCCUACGUGAAGGAUAAAGAUGAAGUAGAGGUGGAUGACGAAUUCGAUGACGGAGAGCCUCUUUGUCCUGCCCAAGAUGCUCUUCUGAAGGUGCAAGCUGCAAUUGCAAAUGCAGUGGCUUCAGUUGGUGAUUCGGACAAGAAGUGGAAAGACAAGGAAGAGUGUCACAUUCUUGUUCCCGCCAGCCAGGCUGCCAACAUUAUUGGGAAAUCUGGGUCCACUAUAAAAAGACUGAGAAGCAAGACAAGGACAAACAUUAAGAUUACUGCAAAGGAUGCUAGCGAUCCCACUCAUUCAUGUGGAAUGGAGUUUGACAACUUUGUUGUGGUAACUGGUGAGCCCGAUGCAGUGAAGAGAGCAUUGUUUGCAAUUUCAGCAAUCAUGUACAAGUUCAGUCCAAAGGAAGAGAUUCCUCUUGACACCAAUGUGCCUGAAGCCCCUCCAAGCAUCAUUAUCCCUUCAGACGUUCCUAUUUAUCAUGCUGGUGGACUCUAUCCAAGUGUAGAUCCUAUUGUCCCAUCCAGAUCUGUUCCUCCUGUCCUAGGUGCUACACAUGUUCCGGAACUUUCAGGGUAUGCUGAUGCAGGGAGCACUUGGCCUGUUUAUUCUUCUGCCCUUCCUGUAGUUUCUGGUUAUGGUGGUACAUCAAGAUCAGAGGAGUUAAUUGUGAGAGUGCUGUGCCCCUCUGACAUGAUUGGCCGCGUUAUUGGCAAGGGAGGGGGUUCAAUAAAAAGUGUGAGACAGGCCAGUGGUGCUCGUAUUGAGGUUGAUGAUAAGGCUGAUCGUGAUGAAUGUAUCAUCUCCAUCACCUCAACAGAGUCCAUGGAUGACAUGAAAUCCAUAGCAGUUGAAGCGGUUUUAUUGCUGCAAGGGAAGAUAAAUGACGAAGAUGAUGACACUGUAACUAUCCGGCUUCUUGUUCCAUCUAAAGUUAUUGGUUGUAUAAUUGGAAAAAGUGGUUCAAUCAUAAAUGAGAUCCGAAAGAGAACUAAAGCUGAUGUCCGUAUCUCCAAAGGCGAGAAGCCUAAGUGUGCUGAUUCCAACGAUGAACUUGUUGAGGUGGUUGGGGAAGUUAGUAGGGUGAGGGAUGCACUUAUUCAAAUCGUUAUGCGGCUUCGAGAUGACGUCUUAAAAGACAGGGAAGGUGGUCAUAAUACUUCUGCUGGUGCCGAUUCUAUGUAUUCUGGUGGUACUGGUUUUUCUAUGCCUUCAGUUUUGCCUAGUGUUCCCCCAGUUGCUCCAAUGGGUUAUGAACAGAGAGCUGAAUCUGGGAGUGGCUUAGGCAUGCUUUCUUCAGGCAGCCUUUAUGGAUAUGGAUCUUUAUCAAUGGGAGACAAUGGCUAUGGAUCUUUGUCUUCAUACUCGUCAAAGAUGUAUGGAGGAUUGCCGCCUCCAUCAACUUUUGAGAUGGUGGUUCCUGCUCAUGCAGUGGGUAAAGUGAUGGGUAAAGGCGGGGCUAAUAUAGCUAACAUCCGUAAGAUAUCUGGAGCAGUUGUAGAGAUCUCUGAAUCCAAAUCUUCCCGGGGUGAUUGUGUGGCUCUAAUAUCUGGCACAUCUGAGCAGAAGCAUGCAGCUGAAAACUUGAUUCAGGCAUUUAUAAUGUCUACCUAAAAUACGAGUAUUUGAAGGUGAAUUCUGGUUUAGAUCAUGGAGCAUUCUCCCUCAAAUGUUUACUCUCUCUAGUUCCUUUAGGUCAUUUCUUGGAGAGGGCUUCAUUUCUAGGUUUUGUCUGUUGCAAUCCUGUUUUUUUUCGUAACAAAGCCUAUCAAGAUUGUGCCGGAAGAUUCACUGCAGGCUCUAUUUUCUGUGGAUAUAGGUUGUCUAUGUUGCUUAAUCGAUUCUUCAUCUGCGGCUGUCUUAGAACUGAUAGGAUCUUCUCUCCUUUCAAAGUGUUUUAUUAAUUCUUAUCCUUGGUUAGUGUGGAUUCCAUCUUAUUUGCAAAUACUGUUUUGCUCUAUAACUUUGAUGUUCGUGCCAGAGUACUUUCAGUAAUAACCAUAAUUGUCGGAUUCAUAAUACAUGGAUGUUUUAAUUAGUGUUGCCAUACAAUCCUCUUAUUCUCAUCUUCUUGAGAAGAUAUCCUGUCUGAUGCACAAUGAAAUGAACUUGGUUCUAAACUCUUUUUCUUUUUA